AUGGCCGAAACACACCAUCCACCGCUCAAUUACGAAGCCAGCGCGACCACCACCCACCGGCAAACCUCCUCAACUCUUCCACAAGAAGUAUCGCAGUGCCUGAAGAACGCCCGCUUCCUCCAUCUCGCCACAAUCUCCUCCAAUGAUCCCCAGUCGACAGAGUCGUCAUCAACAGACAAUACACCGACCCCUCACGUCUCUUUGAUGAACUACACCUUCCUCCCCAGCUACAACUACAACAACACCUCCUCCGGGCCUGUGAUCAUCAUGACCACCAACGCCCAGAGCAUCAAGACGCGGAACCUCCUCUCCAACCCCAAAGUCAGUCUCCUCGUCCACGACUGGGUGAGCCAUCGACCGCCCACGGCAAGCACGAAUACCUUGACCGGUGCACGAUCCGGGUCCCCGCCCGCGGCCGCCACGAGGAGUAGUCUGGCCAGCCUCCUACUCAACCUCAACACCUCGGCAUUAUCGUCCAUCAGCACGACAAUAGCCGGCACAGCGCGAUUCCUCGAGCAAGGGUCCGACGAGGAACGGUGGUGCAAGGAGACACACCUGGAGAACAACACGUUCGGGGACCAGGUCAAGGAGGAGGCCGGGUUUUUCGGGCAGGCGACGGGGGCAGACGGGAACAGUGCUUGCUAUAUUGCUGGCGACGAUGUAAGGGUUGUCUUGGUGCCGGUGAGGGCGGGCAGGAUUGCGGAUUGGAAGGGUGGGGUCAAGGAUUGGGUUGUCGUAGGUGAUGGAGAAGGUAGAGCCGGUGAGGCGGAGGAACGGGGGAGGAGUGAUAACGGGCAGGCGCCGCUGGUUAAUGGGAUUGUCAAUUGA